AUGGACACCCUAAGCACAGCGCCAGACGAACCACGGACCGAUGAAAAGCCACUUACGGAAGAAGGGAAAGCGGCAGGGGUGAUCAAUACCGCCGCAGUUGGCCCGCAGAUACCGCAAAUGUCCCCUUCAGCAGAAAGAGUAAACGCGGUUGAGCAAAUUAAUGCAGCAGGAAUGGGGAGCCCAGAGGAAAAGGUUAGCUCGCCUGACAUGGCCUCCUUAGAUGGUCAUAUGGCUGUAUCAGGUAAUGUGGCUGUGUCAGGUAAUGUGGCUGUGUCAGGUAAUGUGGCUAUGCCAGGACAUACGGCUAUGCCAGAACAUACGGCCAUGCCAGGUCAUACGGCGCUGUCAGGUAAUGUGGCCAUGCCAAGUCAUAUGGCUGUGCCAGGUCAUAUGGCCAUGCCAAAUAAUAUGGCCAAUGGUCCUGCCCCUCAUAUGGGAAUCCCAACGGGGGUGACGAACAACUCUGCAGAAGUAUCAACCGCAAGCGAUGAAGGAAACCCAUCAGAACAAAUGACCAACGUAAUGGGUAGCGCCACAGCAAGUCAAGUUCCAACCCCUGAAAAAACAGGAGAGGUAAACAUUCAAGCUGUCGAAAAAGUUAAUGAAAACCAAAACAACGAAGAUACAGAAAAUAUGAAACGAGAAAUAGAAAUGAUGAAUGAUAAAGUGAACACAAAAUAUAAUGAAGAGGUGUCCAAGGGAUUUCUUUCACCACCUGUAUUUCACUUAACAGAAAUUAUGCACAAUGAGAGAUGCUUCAAAAGAACAAAAGGGCACAUCACAGUUGAAAUAAAUGGAGACAUUUGCAUAUAUGGAGGAAUUGAACAGAAUAAAUGUGUUAACAAUUUUAUAAGGUAUGUUCCUGGUAUUAAUUUAUUUGAAAAAAUCAGAUUAAAUUCGGAGGACAUUACUCCUCGAGCAUUUCACUCGGGCAAUGUCAUUUCGCAGGAAAACAAAAAGAGCAUUAUUAUCUUUGGAGGAAUAAAUGAAAAAGAUGAAGUACUUGAUGAAACAUUUAACUUUGAUUUCCAAGCAAAGAAAUGGGAACGAGUAGAAAGCGUUACAAAACCAAGUGCUAGAUAUAAACACGCUUCCUUCAAUUUUAAUGACGCCGUAUUCGUUCAUGGUGGGCUAAAUGAGGACAAUGCUGUUUUGUCCGACAUGUGGUGCCUUUCUGGAGGCACUUGGAAGGAAAUUCAUCAGAUGGGUCAGAGUCCCGAAGCUAGAUAUGGACACAGUUUAAUCUUUACCUUGUAUGGAAAUGCAAAACUUGUUUUUCUCUUUGGAGGAAAUAGGAAGGGCUUCAGUGGGGCUCUAGCAGACACGUGGAUUUUUAACCUCAACACGUUUAGGUGGAAGGAAAUCACCAACGCGUCGGGGCCCAAGCCCUGCGCACGAUGGGCGCACUCCGCGCAACUCUUCGACAACGAGUGGAUGAUCGUAUACGGAGGAAUCACAAACGGGUGGAUCGAGAACUACGCUCUGUCCGACAUGUACGCACUGAACAUUUACACGUUCUCCUGGUUCGAAGUUGAUAUUAGCACCUCGAGAAGCUUCAACAGGGGGUACUACGGAUCGUUAUGUUUACUGCCUUAUAAGAAGUCCCUGCACAUUUUUGGUGGAUCGGACGAUUCAAGAGAAUACUCCGACGUUUUCAGCAUGUCCCCCUUAGUUACAUACGUGUCGUACAAAACAUUGACAGGAAAAUUCGAGCAGCUCAACACAAAAAUGAAAAACAUCAACGAAAAUUCAAAUGAAAAUAAUCAUGUCAAUUCAGCCGAAUUCGAAUUAAAAAUAGCUGAGCUGAAAGAGGAGGUGAACAACAUAAACAACAUGAUGAAGACCUUCGAGAUGAAGUUUUCCGCACUCGAAAAACUGAACGAGCAGUGCGAAAAGCUACUCUCCAAAAACGUGAACGCGGAAGCUUUGGAAAAAUUAGAACAGCGCAUUCGAAAGUUGGAAUCGUCCAACGUGUUGAUGAAGCAUGACAGCAUAUAG